UAGCACCAAAAUAGGCGAAAUUGUGGCUGAAGAAGGCAGCAAUUUAGAUUGCAUGAAUUAAGCAGCCAGUGUGCAAUGUGGAUGAAUCGAUGGUUGAGUGUUGCGCAACGUGUUCCGAUUGUUUGCCGCCACUUUCGCAUUUCAGCCGCGCUACCGGCAAAAACAUUUGUGGACCACGAGAAUCAAUUUGCUCAUGGCAUAUUAGCCAACUCCAUAAAACCCUAUCAAAUCCUACGUAGCAGCGUUAGUUGUACACCAACUUCAGCAGCAAAUGCCACGACAUUGGCUCCGGAGCGUGUGCUGCAACCGGCGGCAGUUGUGACGCCGGACGAGUUGAACGCAGACUUCGAGACUCUGGUCCAGCACUGUGCGGUCACACAGACACCCAUCAGCGAUGCCCGCUUCGCUUCCUUCACCCAAAGCUACUGUGAUAAUCUGCACCGACUCAGCGACGAGCAGCUGCUCGAGACUCUGCGUCGGCUGCCACAACUGCCCACGCCCUCGUCGACGAAGUCGCCCAACUACAUGGAGCUGUGGAACACACUGGAUAUCGAAUGCUGCCGUCGCAUUGAGCGCUGGUCCACCAGCCAGCUGUUGCUCGUCUGCGACGCCUGGUAUCAGUUGGGACUGGCGCGCAUCGGGGAAUUCGUGUGGCAGGCGAUGCGCAAGCUGGGACGGAAGGUGCGCAAGAUGUCGCCAGAGCAGCUAGUGCAGUCAAUGUUCCUGUGCAAUGUGCUACGACGACCUGUCUUCGAGAUGUUUGACUUUGAGGUGAAUCUGGCCCGCUGUGUCCAGCAGAUGACGCUGCAGGAGUUGGGCGUAAUGUCCAUGGGCUUCUUUAAGACACAGACGCCCAUCCGAAAUCCGGAGCUAUUGGCGGAGCUGUAUACGCGUUUAGAGGCCGAAUUGCCCAACGUCGAGAACAUAACGCUGGUGGCUCUUCUCAAAGUGCUACGUUACAGCAGCAAGCUGCCCCAAGUGGCGUCCAUGCAACGUCUGCUGGAGGCGCUGCGACCACAAGUGGAGCGCGUCUCACUGCUGGCCUGCCUGCAUAUGGCACUGCUGGGCAGCGAUUUGCAGACUUGCGAUGAUGCGCUGAUCGAGCGUAUUUUGGAACGCUUUGAGCGCGAGCUGCCCGCUGCUCGCCUCAAGGAUUUGGAGCGCAUCUGCUUGGUUGUGGCCUUAUUUAACAUGCAUAGCGAAUCGGGCUUGGAACAGCGCGUAUGCGAGCGUCUUCCUGAGCUGCUGCGCGAACGCACCACCGAGAUUCUGCGCCAUCCGCGCUGCUACACCAACUGCCUGCAGUUCCUGACGCUGCGUUGCAUCCACGACGCUGAGCUGCUGGCUGUGGCCUUGGAACCACGCUUUGUGCGACACGCCUAUCGCAGUGCAUUACCAGGCCGCGAAUACUUCCAUUUGGAUGCGUUUAUUCAGCUACUAGGCGAGGCCUACACGGGCCCGCGCCUCACAGAGAAGCAGCGCCAGAACAUGGGAAAGCUGUACACGCAAUACAUACCCGAGCGGAACAGUCGCUACAAGCUGAACAGCACGGAUCGCAUUCUAGUAGAGAUACGCGAGAGUGCGUCCACGCUGUUUCGGGAGCAGAGAUUCAAGCACGUGCUGCCCCACUACGAGCGCUGCGAUCUGGUCAUAUGCUACGAUAGUAAACAGCAUCGUGCCAUUCCCUUGAGUCCAGACUGUCCGGCGGACUAUUGCGGCACCAUUCUAACUCGCAGCCAUCUCCUAGGCGCCGCCGAAGCUCCCCACAUCCACACGGUGGUCAUUGUAAUCGCUGGAUGGAACAAUAUCAUACGCGAUAAGCAGCGACACACUGGCCAGUUUGCGAUGAAGCUCCAGCAGCUGCGACAGCUGGGCCACAAGCCAGUUGUGAUCUACUGGCAUGAAUGGCGCGAGCUGGAAACCACAUUGGACCGCCAGGACUUCCUUAAGCGCCGCCUCUCAGCGGCGGCCGGCAUUUAGAGAACUAAGCAACUGCCCAGACAGGCCAGCACCAGCACCGGCAUCAGCACUGGUGUGUGUGUGCGACAAGGAAGAGCAGACAGAGACAGCGAAUGGACAGGAAAACGCGAAUAACAAGCAAUAACUAAAAUAAUGUAGCUUUACAUGUACGAAAACAGAAGAAAAAAAAAGAAAGAGAAGAAACAACGAAUAUGAAAAUGAAAACGGCAGCAUCAACUGCGAUUGCGAUCCACGCAACCAGACAACAGACAGCACAGCCUCCUCCAAUUACGCAACUGUUCACGCUCCCGCCCAUGGCUGCAGUACUCCCCCCGGUCACAGAGUUCCCAGUAGCGCCUUCUUUGUGUAUUCGUACACCACAAAGAGCGUCGCUGUGGCCGGUAUGGUGCGCAGGAUCGAAGGCAACAAUCCGCGAUAGAGCGCCGCGAAGCCCUCACGUCUCACAAUAUCCGCGCCCACACUCAGCAUGCUCGCAUUAAGGUUCUUCACCUGUAUGCGACUCUUGAUAACAUCGGCGGGAAAUGUGGAUGUCCAGAGGCAGACGCCGCCAACGGCGCCCGCCAACAUGGUGCGUACGGCGCCAAUCUCGUCCUUGGACUGAUUUUGUCUGCAAAUGUAGAAAAAAAUAAGGCAGAGAUUAGCAGCCAACCAUCCGUUUUCAUCUUCAGAUACUCACUUGCGCAGCAGCUCGCGUGUGCCCUCGUAGCUGCCGAAGAAGAAGAAAUAGCCGGGCAUUUCACGCAUGAAUGUCGAUGUGAGUCCGCGAUAGAAGCCGCGUAUGCCUACAACCAGAGGAGAGACAUUUGUAUACAAGUAUAGAGUCAAUAAUCGUCAGCGCGUAAUCAGAUGUCAAGUGCGUGGAAAAUAACAGCGACAGUCGACAGUCAUUUGGACUGACUGUUGACGGCACGUGAGGCCGAUGCUGCAGCCGUUUAUUUUUAGAGCGUCCCCAGCUUACUAUACGCCUGAUACGGCUGAUAAGCGGGAAGCACAGUCGCACUUGAGUGCCACAAUUACAUAUGCCUAUACAUAAGCGUGUUUAUGCGUACAUUAUGCUGUUGUAUGCUUAAAUGUUUCUACAUUUUUCCACUUUCAUCUAUGCCUGUUGCUAUAUGUACAAGUAUGUAUAAUGUCGAGGCAUUUUAUCAAUGAAAAUAAAUGUUCAGUAAAUUUCCACUUGACUGAUAACCUAA